AUGAAAGGUCAUGAAAAGUUUAUGUUGAAAUUCAACUUGAAUCUAGAAUGUGUUGGACCUGGAUUUAGUGACCCAUAUCUGCAUAAUUUAUGUUCCCGCCCGAUCAAUAUCACAAAGAGGUUCGACAUCUAACGACACCUUUAAAUUCCAGGUUAAAGAUAUGAGGUAUAGAUAGAUGCUUGGAUUCUCAAGAAUGAUUCUAUAAUCAUCUAACUUCCAAUCACAAGCCUUUAUUUCAGUAGCAGUGUCUAUUAAAUAAUGGCGAGGGAAAUGGAAUCAAAAUCAAAGUCAUCCAGAAUCAAGAGUUGUUUAGGGAGUUCAUCAAAUCUCAUAUAUAUCAGCCAUGCCCUCUCAGCUUGGGGUAUUCGGAUGUGGAGUUUUGCAGUGGCAUUGUUUCUGGUGCAGCUAUCUCCAGAUUCAUUGAGACUCCCAGCUAUAUACGGUCUACUCUGCUGUCUUUCUGUGCUUCUCUGUGGGGCUCUCAUUGGAGAGUGGAUAGAUAACAAUGAAAGACUGAAAGUUGCCAGAAACUCUCUAGUUUUUGCUAAGGUUUGUGUAGCUAUCUGUGCAGUGCUCCUCUGUAUGUUAAUCAUCUACAAAGAGCCAAUCAUUGCCAUAUGGGAUGGAUGGCUGGAGACUAUAUUCCAGGCUUUGGUCAUCAUCAUAGCUGUAUUGGCCAGGUUAGGCAAUGAGGCCAACAGGAUCUCAAUUGAAAGGGAUUGGAUUGUGGUGGUGUCGCGAGGAAAUGAAUCUAAACUAGCAUCUUUGAAUGCAGUGACUCGAGCCAUCGAUCUGACAACAAACAUCCUGGCUCCUGUUUUGACUGGACAGAUCAUGACAUAUGGCUCCACAGUUGUCAGUGCCAUCUUUAUUGCUGGCUGGAACAUGUUGUCUUUAGUGAUUGAGGUCUGGUUGUUAUGGAUCGUGUAUAAACGUUAUCCAGAACUGGCAAGUAAAGGACAGAAAAAGACUGUCAAAAAAGAUGAUGUUGAAGAUGAAAACGAGCCAUUGCUGCCAAAUGGGAAAAAUAACAACUCACAAAAAUCAUAUAGCGGUAUAGCUAAGUCUGAACAAACUGAUACAGCAGAAACUUGCAUGAUUGAAGAUCCAAAAUCAAAUGAUGAGAGACUAGCAAAUGAAAUUGACAGUACUGACCCAAACCAGAAUGAUGUUAUCAAACAGGUGAUUGAGACUGCAACUGAAUCAGAUGAAGUAAACAUAAAACCAAAACAGAAGAAUGGAAACAUUUGUGCGUUACUGUUCAAAAGCUUGUUAACUUUGAUAAGAGGCUGGAAAACUUACAUGAACCAAGAGGUUGUACUAGCAGGCAUGGCCUUAUCCACACUUUACUUCACAGUGCUUGGAUUUGACAGCAUCACAACAAGUUAUGCCUAUUCGCAAGGCCUGUCUGAAUCCAUGGUCAGUAUUCUCAUGGGAGGAGCCUCGCUUUUGGGAAUCUUUGGUGCAUUUCUCUUUACACAAAUAAGGAAAUGUAUUGCCCUGGAGUCUAUGGGUCUCAUCUCAUUUUUCCUUCAAGUUUUAUGUCUGUCACCUUGUGUCCUGUCAGUGUGGGCACCCGGCACUGUGUUUGACCUGAGGUAUAUAUAUGACACACCAACUGAUUUGAUUGUGAACUGUUCAAUCCCAGUCAGCACUAACAUCUUAGAAACAGGAAUUGCUAAUGUGGAUACUUCAGAAGGCUCUCGUGUUUUGGGAAUGGGUAACUCAUUUGAUGAAUCUUUGACAUCGAAUGGUCAUUUUGUUGGAUUUGAUGCAGUGAUGCAUGGGACACCAUCAUUUCUGUCGCCAUUGUCUAUUGAAGCAAAAGCUCUGAAUCAAUCACCAUGGACAUUUGAGCCAUUACUACACAUAAAUUCAACUGGGAGCAACACAAGCUCAGGAAUUACACAACAUGGAACUGAAGUGAGUUUAACUGAGAGUCUUGCAGUCGUAGGAAAUGGAUCCACAGGAUUAUUGAACUGUACUAACUUACCUAAGAAGGGAAGCAAUCUGUCUAUAUGGUUAUUGAUGGGUGGCAUUAUUGCCUCCAGAGUAGGUCUUUGGUUAACAGAUCUGACAAUAAGCCAGCAGAUGCAAGAAACCAUACAUGAGUCAGAGAGGGGUAUAGUGAAUGGAGUACAAAGCUCUUUGAACAUGUUUGUGGACACCAUCAAGUUCAUACUUGUCAUUAUUCUACCAAGACCAGAAACAUUUGGACUCAUGGUUCUAUUGUCAUUUGGAGUAAUAUGCCUAGGAGGGGUCCUCUAUUUUGCUCAUUAUUUGAAGUGUAAAAUAAGAAAACGUAAGAAAAGAGGAUAUGAGGGUAAAGCAUAGGUGUACAAUACACAGGCAAAGUAUGAUAAACAUCCCCUUAUACAGCCAAGCUAGGGUACAUGGGUUGUCAGUCUUUAAAUUUUUGCAACUACUCAAUUGUUAUCUAUUUUUACUGAAAUGUCAUAUGUAUAUCGCGAUUUAUCUUUCCUUUGUGUUCAAAAGCAUAAUAAUAUGUAAGAUAUCUUGUGUUAUAUGGUUGCUAUAGCAACCAAGGGAUAGACAUAUACAUUGAAUUCAAUGCACUAUUAAAUCUCAUAGAAAUAUUCCUGAAUGACAAAAUAGAAUUAUAUUAUGAUGCCAUAGUGUUUCUGACAUAAUUGAAGGAACAAUUGAUUGAUUGAUUGAUUGUGAACUACACAUCUUCAACAAAGGAAGUCACUGAUUGAGAACAUUGCUAAGU